AUGCCUACGAAGGAGCACGAGGAAAUGGGCGCAAAGCUCUCAAAGGCUCCAAGUGCGGAGAAGGGGACGGUCCAAGACGUUGAUGCGUCUUAUUUGGCAAGUCAGUGUGCCCAACCGCCGGAUAUCAAUAUAUAUAUGGGAGGCUUUGUGAUCAACACCGGAUAUGCUCCUCAGAUGAAACGAGACUUCACCUGGUUUCAACUUUUCAGCUGUGCCUUUACUGUCACUAACUCUUGGCUCGGCGUCACUGGUGGUUUCUCAACAGGAAUAUCAAUCGGCGGCUCCGCAACGCUCAUUUACGGUUUAAUUAUUGUUGCAGUAUUCAACGUCGCAAUUGUGAUAACCUUGGGCGAACUUAUGAGCUCCAUGCCUAACGCUGGUGGUCAAUAUUACUGGGCUAUGAAACUUGCUCCUCGUAAACUUGCCAAUGCCUCGGCAUACAUUUGCGGCAUCUGUAAUCUCCUAGGUGGAUUGACCGGAAUGUCGAGCGGUGCCAUCGCAUCGGCAUAUAUGAUCUUAGGGUGCAUCAAGCUGGUUCACCCGGAAUUCACAAUUUACGCGUGGCAUGCAGUCCUCAUUGCCAUUGUAUUUAUUAUGAUUACGUCGGUCUUGAACCUCAGCGAAUCAUUGGUCCGCAAAUCUGUUCUCAUCGGUCUGUGGUGGUGUGUAGCAUCGUGUUACAUAAUUACUAUCGUACCUGUUUCUGUCGCCGAGGAGCACGCGAGCCCUUCUUUCAUUUUUGCCAGCACGGAGAAUACAAGUGGGUGGUCCUCCACGGGAAUGGCCUUCUUAGUUGGCAUGAUCAAUGCCAAUUAUGCUUUUGGGCUCAUCGAUGCUGGUGUCCAUCUUGCUGAAGAAAUCCCACAGCCCGAGCGAAACAUCCCAAAGGCAUUACUAGCAGCUGUAGGGAUUGGCUUCGUUACAGCAUGGCCAGUCGCGGUUACAUUACUAGACUGCAUCACUGAUUUUGAUGCAAUAGCAACUACCGACACUGGAGUUCCCCUUCUGCACCUACUUUACUUUGCGCUCCGAAGAAACCGAGCUGGCGCUAUCAUUCUUCAGCUCCUUUCCGUCGUUUCAUACUUUUGGUGUUUGAUGGCAUAUCUGAAAAAACAUUCAGUUCCGAUUAAUGCUCAUCUUCUUUGUAUUGCUCUGUCAUGCGUUCUUUGUUUUCUUCCGCUGGCCUCUACCACAGCUUUCAACAGUUUGGUCACGGGAGUUCUCGUUUUUCCUUACAUAUCGAUUCUCAUCCCCGCCACCUUUUCCCUACUGCCUAUGAACAAGAAUAUCCCCAAAGGGUCAUUUUCACUCGGACGAUGGGGUACAGUGGCUCGAGUUGUUACAGUUAUUUUCUGUCUCUUUGCCACAAUCAUUUACGCCUUCCCAUACACAAUGCUAGUUGAUGCAGGGAACAUAAAUUAUUUCUCGGCUAUUUUGGGGGUUGUAAUAAUCUACGCCAUAAUUGACUGGGUUGUUCGGGCCAGAGAGAGUUUCAACCAAAACAUCCCUAGGUAG